UUUACUUUUUUUAAAACGUUUUUAGAACAAAAUAUAUUCUAUAUUUUAAAUGUCUAUCGACCAUGUCAAAUUUUGUUUUGCGAAUUGAGGUUAGGUUUGAAAACAUCAACAAACGUUUCUACCUGUAUAAUUUUAAUUUUAUGUGUAAAUGAAGCAAAUUUAAACCAACAAAAUGACUGAUGACGUGCAGAGACAUUCUGUACACACUUUGGUGUUCAGAUCGCUGAAGCGAUCGCACGAUAUGUUUUUAUCGAAUCAAGGAGUUUUACCUUCAGUCGACGAUUUAGCUUAUAAAGUGCGAAAAAGCGUCAAGGCGCGUGAUUUAUACGGGCAAGUUUUCGAUGAUGUGAAGAAAAUGCAGGCAAUGAAGAAUAUAAGAGAGACGGAAGCUGGCCCGAACCCACCAGCUCCAAACGAAGUUGAAAGUAAGUCUUCUGAAGGAGCCGUGGUGCCAUAUACUGAUACCAGUCUGAUGACGAGAAACCCAACCAAUCAGAAUCAAAACCAACUAGCGAAUAUAGUGAAAAAAAUCCCUAGCAUGCCAAAACCCAAAUGGCAUGCCCCAUGGAAGUUGUACAGAGUCAUCGCGGGGCAUUUGGGGUGGGUAAGAUGUGCAACAGUGGAGCCGGGAAAUGAGUGGUUUGCGACUGGCGCAGCCGAUAGGAUCAUCAAAAUUUGGGAUCUCGCCAGUGGACAGUUGAAAGUUUCCCUCACAGGCCAUGUCAGUACUGUUAGGGGACUGGCAGUGAGCUCGAGGCAUCCUUACUUGUUCAGUUGUGGGGAGGACAGGCAGGUGAAAUGCUGGGAUUUAGAAUACAAUAAGGUGAUUCGACAUUACCACGGCCAUCUCUCCGCCGUGUACUCUCUAGCCUUGCACCCCACCAUAGACGUUCUUUUGUCGGCCGGCAGAGACUCGACGGCGCGCGUUUGGGACAUGCGCACCAAAGCCAACAUCCACACUCUGACGGGACACACGCACACCGUUUCCACGGUGAUUGCGCAAGCGUCGGAACCGCAGAUCAUCACCGGCUCGCACGAUUCCACGAUAAGGCUGUGGGAUCUAGCAGCCGGGAAGUCCAUAUGCACGCUGACCAAUCACAAGAAGAGCGUCAGGGAUGUCGUGUUGCAUCCAAAUUUGAAUAUGUUUGCAUCUGGUUCCCCAGACAAUAUCAAACAGUGGAAAUGUCCGGACGGAAAGUUUAUUCAAAAUUUAUCCGGACACAACGCUAUUGUCAAUUGUUUGGCAGUAAAUCCAGAUGGAGUUCUUGUAUCGGGGGGCGACAAUGGUACUUUGCAUUUCUGGGACUGGAGGACGGGAUAUAAUUUCCAAAGACUGCAAGCUCCUGUGCAACCAGGUUCAAUGGACAGUGAAGCUGGUGUGUUCUCCAUGAUUUUCGACAACUCCGGUAGCCGGUUGAUUACAACGGAAGCUGAUAAAACCAUAAAAAUUUACAAAGAAGACGAUACCGCCUCAGAAGAGAGCCAUCCGAUUAACUGGAAACCGGACAUAUUGAAGAGAAGAAAGUUCUAAUUUUUAUACUGUUUCAAGACUAUAAUAUCAAGAAUAUUAAGGUAUUUAUUUGAUUGUGUAAUUUUAUUCAUUAAAUAAAAUAAGCAUCCUCAAAGUGUGCCAAGGUGUAAUGUUUGUACCUACUUUAAAUAA